CCAACACAUGUAACUCAAUUCUCUUCCCUCUUCAUGCUUUUCUCAUUAUUCAAGAAUCAUACAGAUGACGUCUACCCUUCAUAGCACCUUCUUUUUUUUUUUCUUUUCUUUUCUUUUUCGGUCUUCACCAAGAUCUACCCUUCACUACUAAUAUAUAAUUUGUAAAUUAUUUGUGGUUGUUGGUGUCAAAACAAAGUCAAAAAGUUCUUGAUUAUUCAAUUCUCUCCUCAUUUUUUUCCUCCAAUAAUCUUCACUGGGGAUAUGAUGACCCAAAUGCCUCUUUAGUGUUCUUCAAUUGAGAGAAAAGAUAGAUCAGAUUAUCAGAGUAUGGGAAUGGAAAUAAUAGUGUCAGUGGCACUUCUGUUUGUAGGAAUAGUGGUUCUUGUGUUCAUACAUGUUUGUAUAGUAGGGAGGGCUUUAAGGAGCAGAAAUGGGAUGCAUGGCACAAUCUUUAUGCCAAGAGGGAUUAACAGAAGCCAAAGUAUGUCCCAAGAGGACAUAAAGAAGCUGCCAUGUUUUGAGUACAAACUGGAGAUUAUUAAAGAAGAAGAAGAUGAAGUGGAUUGUGCUGUUUGCCUGGAGAGUUUUAAGGGCAGGUGCUAAGGCUUCUCCUCUCAAAACUUCUUCUGGGGAUCAAGAAAACACUACCACUUCUAGCAGUACUUCU